CCUACUGAUCUCAACCCUUCAGAUAGAGAACACUUUGAACUCUUCGGACAUAAUAUUGCCACAGUGGCUUCUGCUCUUCACGAUGAUGUUUCUGAAGUCACAAUAGAAUACAUGCGUGGGGGCUCUUACAAUAGAGUAACGGGUGUCAACAUCACCUCAGAACGUAGACGAACCAACCUUGAGUGGUUUGUCUCCACGUUUGGCUCCUAUCUCCCCACCCAGCUCACGGAGAUGCUCAAAGCACCAAAGGACACAGGAAUCUCGUACAUAGUUCGAAUUCCCCGUUUUAUCAACAAAGAAACGAUGAAUAUCAUGGCUCGCGAUGUCGCCAUUCUCAAAACCGUCGGAGCGCUUGUCCAACUGCCAGUUCCAAGGGUAGUACGGUACGAUCUGACAUUCCAAAAUGCCAUUGGAAAGCCGUACAUGAUCCAGACCCGUCUCCCAGGGAAAAACUUCUCUACACUGAUGAAAGAUGACUCUCUGAAUACAGAGCAGUUGCUGAGCAUCGCCGAACAAGUCUCUCAACUCGCUCCUAUCAUCGCUGCAGUUGAGGGACCAGGCGGCAAUAUAUCACUCUCUGCGCUCUCUUCCGACUCAAAAGACCUCCAUGUCGAGAGCCUCCACCUGCAGCACGAAGAACUCGGAGAUAGGAAUUUCAACUUGGCUGAACAUCCCCAGGACACAUUUGAGCACCUCAUCGAAACUUGUCGGCGCUGGAGCGAAGAUUGUACGGAAGACGGCCAGUCAUUCAACGAGAUCUGGCUCAACUUCGGUAUCAUCAUCAAGUCCCUCAAUACUCGUGGUUUCCUCAACGGACCAUGCGUGUUGGCUCAUCGAGAUCUCAUGCCAUACAACCUACUUGCAGAGAUUCGCAACGACACCCAAGUCCAGAUCACGGGCGUUAUCGACUGGGACUCGGCGACCAUGGCGCCCGAGUUCGUCGCCUACAAGGCACCGUUCUGGUUAUGGACAGAAGAUCACGUAGAUAGUGAUUUCGCUGACACAGAAGAAUGUGCAAACAUCGUCCCUGUUACUGAAGACGCCAAGACGAUCAAGCAGGUUUUCAUGGAGAAUGCGUCAGAGAAGUACAAGCACUUCGCAUUUGCUCCUGAAGCCAUCCUUGCUAGGCGCAUGUACGUUAUUUUGAAAGAGGGCAUUCCUAAGGACUGGCAUAUUGAGGAGGCGUGGAAGAUCGUUAGUGAGUGGCAUGCGCUUCACCCAGAAGAUGGGAUU